AUGGCAGAAGACGGAAGCAAUUCUUCCGAUGAGGGCAUCUAUUUCCAUGGCCUAGACUUAACAUUUGUUAGCAAUAACUCCCUUGCAUAUGUUGCUAUAUUUUUUUGCAUUGCAAGCUGCGUCGUCUCCUUCGUAGAUUUGCACGCACACCUGUCCCGGAUGGACUACCCCAAGCUUCAAGUUCUCGAGAUGCGUAUUCUUUUGAUGAUCCCUAUCUACGCCAUCUUCACUGCCCUUUCUUUGAUGUUUGGCAGCUGGCGUUUCUUUUUUAACACCAUCCGUGAUACGUACGAAAGCUUUGUAUUGUACAUAUUUUUUAUGCUCAUGAUUGCGUACUGUGGUGGUGAGGGUCAACUGUUACUGUCGCUAAGGCGGAAGCGGUAUAAGGGCAUGCAUCCGUUCCCCAUGUGCUGGCUCCCAACGUUCACUCUUGAUAGAGAUUUCUACUUACGAAGCAAGCGAUGGGUUUUGCAGUGUGCCCUAAUUAAGCCCGUUUGCUCCUUCAUUGCGAUGGUGACCGUCCCGCUCGGCAUCUACGAGGAGGGCCAUUUUCAGGUCGACAAUGUCUACACCUACACAUGUAUCAUAAUCAACAUUAGCCUCACCAUGGCCCUAUACUAUCUAGUCUUAUUUGAGGUCGAGUGCGAAAAGGAGCUGCGCUACGCAAAGACCUUUCUAAAGUUUCUUUGCAUUAAAUCCAUUAUUUUCUUUAGCUAUUGGCAAUCAGUUGCGGUCAGUCUUGCCGCGUCAGCUGGCCUUCUGUACCUAGGAAAGGACAGUCUUGAAAAGGAGAAGACGAGCAGCGUGAUACAGGAAAUUCUAAUUAGCUUUGAGUUGCUACCGGUUGCAUUCUUGCAUCAUGCGGCCUUCAGUCGGAGUAAACUCGAUGAGGAGAUGGCCUCAGUGCCCGUGUAUAUGAAGGAUACGAACUCGGGAAACUUUCGCACGAACGUCGACACAGCGCUUAGCGUCAACGACAUCGUUCACGAUACCAUAGGGACCAUCUUCUACCGUCGCGGAAAGCUCGUGGAUUUGGAAAACAACGACGAUACGAGCGAUUCCGAUGCGGGGAAUGGGCGCGAGCUGAACGGGAGGGAUGAUCGUCCAAAGGGUGGGGGUGCAUUGGUGGGGGCAGGGGUGGAUCCCCGAUCGGUGGGGAUGGUCGCCGGCGACGCCGCGAAUCUUGCGCGGGAUCCGACGUUGGAGGAGCUCGUCCGCCACGCCGUCAUGACGGACCAAGGCGUCCGUGUCGAUGGGGUCCUGCACUACGACGAGGAUAGCGACCGUGAGGCGCGAAACGAGGAGCUGCAUUUCACCGAUACGAAUGUGAUUUUGCACCGCAGCCGGUCCGACCGCGCGAGGAGCGACGCCCGGGUCGAUCUCGACCUCCUCCGUUCGAAUCAAGCGCAGCAACAGAACGUUGGGCCGCCGCAGAUCUACUGUGUGGUAUGCGGCCGCUUUGAUCGCGAGAUGGUGCGGCGGCGAAACGGCUACAAAUGCCUCGAGUGCGUCGGAACGAAAAGUCAAAGUCUGCUGCGGCAGCGACAACGCGAGGCGGCGAUGGGGUCCCCCUCCGACGAGGGUUGGAAGAAAGGUGGCGCGGCCUCCCUCGGUGCCGCGUCGACACACCCUGCGACCGACGUCAUCAUCGAAACGAAUGACCAUGACCUCUACGUGCGGCCGCUCGCUCCAGGAAGGGGGGGGGGGGGCCAGGAUGUCCCCUUCCUCCUCUGA